UGAAACCACGAACUCUGCCAUCAGCGACAUUCCCGCUUCGUCUGCCCGAAGAUAGCGAUACCCGCUCUCACCUGCCCAACCGACACCACCAAACAUCACUAAGCCCAGCCUUACCAUGUCUACCGGCAAGCUCGACCAGUCGCUCGACGACAUCCUCAAGAACCGUCGCCAGUCAAACCGCCGCGGUCGAGGCGCGCGACGCUCCGGCGUCGGCCGCCCUGCCACCGAGGCUCCCGUCGGCGGUGUCCACAAGACGACCAAGCAGACGAAGCCGGGCAAGCCCACUCCUACUGCCCCUGCUGCUACCGCAGGCGAGACGAAGAUCAUGAUCUCCAACCUGCCGCAGGAUGUGGAUGAGAACCAGCUCAAGGAAUAUUUCAUCUCAGCAAUCGGCGUCGGAAAACCCAAGCGGAUCUUGAUGCAGUAUGGACCGUCUGGCCGGAGCCUCGGAAGCGCCAUGGUCAUCUUCAGCAAGGCCGACCACGCCGUCAAAGCCACGGCUGCUCUUGACAAGGUCAAGAUUGACAACCGUCCCAUUCGUGUCGAAAUGCUGGUUAGCGCUGCGAACGUGCCCGCCCCAACGCAGCCGUCCCUCGCCGACCGUGUCACUCAGCCCAAGAAGGACAAGCCAAAGCCAGCCACAGCUACCAAGGCCGCACCUGCCGGAGGUCGGGGACGUGGACGCACUCGUGGUCGUGGUGGUCGCGGAGGCCGCGACCGCGGCGGCAAGAAGAAGACUGUCGAAGAGCUUGAUGCCGAGAUGGCGGACUACUUCCCAGCCAACGAGGGUGGUAAUGACGCCAUGGUCACCAACGGAGACGCUGCUCAAGCCACCGCUGGCGGCGAUACCGCCAUGGACGACGAGAUGCUAUGAACGGCUGUGCGGCGCACGAUAUGGCGGACG